UUCCUCACCCUGGCAGGGGCCCAUGACAGUAUCCAACAGUCCUUUGUGCAGUCGCGCGAAGCAGAGCGCCAGGCUAACGCUUCGACCUUGGCUGUGCCUAGUCCCGUCAGCCAGUCAGCUGCUUCCAGGCGCCGCAUAGAACACCUGAUGACGUCCCGGAGGGAAGCCUUCAAUCGGCAGAACGCGGCCAACCGCCGAGGGCUGGGGGACCUCUCGGCCCGCGUCCGAGGGCUGAGCCUGGAUCAGAUCAACGAGAAGGUCUGUGGGGCCCAGGGAGAUACUCCCUGCGCCCUCGAUUCCUGUGGAGGGGCUGGUUGCUAUGAGGAUGGCAGACGUCACUGUGGAGGCCUCCACUGCAACGGAGCCAUAGCCACAGCUGACAACGCCCUGGACCGAGCCCGUUACGUUGAGGAGGAGCUGCAUAAUGCAGUCUCUGAAGUGGAAAGUCUGCUGCAUCAGGUCUCCAAUGCCAAGGCCCGGGCAGCUGAGGCAAAGCAGAGGGCACAGGCAGCCUUGGACCACGCCAAUGCCACUAAAGCUCGGCUGGAGCACUCAAAUAAGGAGCUGCGAGAUCUUAUCCAGCAAGUCAAAGAAUUCCUAAAUCUCGAGGGGGCUGAUCCUGACAGCAUUGCACUGGUGGCUUCCCGUGUGCUGGAGCUCUCCAUCCCAGCAUCCCCUGUGCAGAUCCACCAUCUUGCUGAGGAGAUCAAGGAACGGGUCAGCAGCCUGGCCAACGUGGAUGCUAUCUUGGAUCAAACAGCAGGGGACGUCCGCGUCGCAGGGCAGCUACUACAGGACGCACGCCGGGCCAAUGCUCGGGCAGAGAGUGUAAAAAAUGCAGCUCAAGCAGCGAAAAAGGCUCUUGAUGAUGCCAAACGUGCCCAAAAUGCUGCUGAAAAAGCCAUCAACUCUGCAGACAGCGAUAUCCAGCACACAAACACAGUUGUUAAUGAGAUUAACAGGAAGACUGCAAAUGCUGAGGUUGAGUUGGCUGCAGCGAAGAAACGGGUGGGCCAUCUUGACAGGCAAGUGGAUGUUCUCAAAAUGAAGCGGGCCAGUAACAUCCUGGCAGCCACCCAAGCAGAAGAGACGGCCAGUGCUGCCAAGAACCGAGCUGAGGAAGCUGAACAGGUACUGGAGGGACCGCUGGGUGAUCAAUACCGCACCAUGCAGGAGCUAGUGGAACGCAAAGCUCAGCAUGUAGUGGGGGCCCGAAAGAAAGCAGAGCGCCUGCGAGAUGAGGCCAAAGGGCUUCUGCGCGAUGCUCAUGAAAAACUACGGCGGCUGAGCAAGCUGGAAGAAACAUAUGAAGAAAAUGAGAGACUGCUACAAGACAAAGCAGCCCAGUUGGAUGGGUUGGAAGCCAAGAUGAGAAGCAUCCUGAAAGACAUCAAUGAGCAAAUCCAAAUCUACAACACUUGCCAGUGAUUCCCCAUCACGGGCUCCCCCACGCCCCAUGUGUAAAUCCCACUUACUACCCCCAUCCAUGUGCUUAAAGCAGCACCGUUUUUUGGCUUAGUGUGGCCUAGCUCCAACUACUACAUGGAGCACUGAUUCCUAUGGCCGUUCCUUCUCAGUAUCUCUUGAUAUAGCAGCAUCACUCGGCUCACAACCUCCAUUGUAUCACAAAACACAACACUGCCCCAUAACAUCCUUGUGAGACUGCUAACAGCCAGCACUGGGAAUGUCAGCCUGGCGGUCCUUGGUGCUUUUCUGUUUUUAUGCUAUUCAUAUUUUCAGUGUUUCACACACAGUAGUGUAGGAAUCUCCUUCCAAAGCAAUGGAGGCCAAAAAGAGAGAAGGAUGGCCUAAGAAUGGAUCAGAUGAGGUAGUUACGCUGGCAUGUAUGCUUCACAUGACCUGUCCCAACCAGAAUGGCUUACAUGUGUGGGAAAAUAAAGACCCAAAGUGGCAGUGCUUUUUGCAUCCUAUUAUCUUGUUUCUUUGUCUGUUUAAAGCGAGCUUCAGUUCUCACAACUGAUU